UAAACUAUCGGCUGUGUUCGUCAGCUCAGGGAUGUCAGAGUUUCCUUCCUCUAUAUAUAUAGCCAUGCACCAGACAUUAAUGUAACCUCCCGAUUCUGCUGAAUCAAAUUAAGUAACCUGCCGGAUCGGCUUGAUCGGCUCCCUGCAGCGACUGCCUCUGCAAAUGAGUUUAAGGGAUGGCAGCAGCCGGCCACCUUCCACCUUCAAGCCAUAUCAGCUGCAAAUAAUCAAGUCGCAACAUCAGCAUGCAGUCAUCCAUAAAGAACUCUCCCUUACCAAACCGUCCGACAAAAAGGCCGAAGGAGAAGCCACGUACAACUAAAGCCAACAAAGGGAAGAAACAUGCAUGGAUUAUUUUUUGCUGUGCAAUUCAACCUACCAGCAAAAAGUCAUAUCAUUCACCUGCCCCACGGUUUUCAAGCGAAGAAAAGCAAAAGCAUGUUGAACCGUCGAUUUUCGACUUCCCAAGCCCAAGUAAGUUAGGAUCCACGGGUGGAGAAUUGAACGAAUGCUCGAAACCUCGGGACAAUAUGGAUUCGAGUAGAGAAGACCCCUCUAGAAAGGGAAAAAUUCUGGCAGUGUCGGAAAAUCAUAGGACAAGGAAAGUGCCGCUGAAUUUGCUGGCCAUUCUGCAACGCUCUGAUGACUGCGGGCGACUUGAAGCAUCCACAAAAGAGAAACUGCUAGAUCAUCUCAGCACCAAAGGAGUGCUUUUAGACAAAUCGACAAAGAAGUACAUGUAUAAUUUCGAACUAAACAAGAAUAUAUUGACGGUAUUAGCAAGGGGUCUCUCAAUAAUGGGCGGUAAUGACCCUAGGCACUGGAGUUGGCAUUAUAGGUACAGGAACGUUGAAGUGGCCAAAUUGGAAAGUGUGUGUUGGCUGGAUAUCUCGGGCAAGUUCUCCACAGUGGAUCUCUCACCAAAUACUAUGUAUGGAGUUGUCCUUAAUGUUAGGAUGGAAGAGAAUUGUGACAUUGUCCCGUUGAAUUUCAAGAUCAUGUUGCCGGACGGAAGUAAGCGAGCAAAUUCAAUAGAUCUAAGGUUGUAUGAAGAAGAACAGUGGCUGGAAAUCUCACUUUGUGAGUUUAAAAUGUCACCACAAAAUGUGGGAGAAGUGGCAUUUUCCAUUUAUGAACACAGUGAGCACUGGAAGGGUGGGAUUCUCAUAGGAGGCGUCUCCUUUAAGCCACAACCUGAAUACUCAUGUCCACAACAAGCACCAGGGAAAGAAAUGGAAGAUCAAGAGAUGGAGUCGCGAAACCGAUUGGAGAAGCCUAAAACCCAAAAAAGGCCUCCACCAAAUUGUUUGGCCAUUUUGUCGCGAGCUUAUCCCUUGGUCGAACCAUCCUCAAUUGUAGAGCAACUAAGCAGUACAGGAGUACUAUUAGACAGGAAAACCAAGAAGUACAUGGUUGAUGUUGGAUCAAACAAGAACAUGUUCAUGAUGUUAGCAAGGGGUCUCGAAAUCACAUCUGGAAGUGAUCCCAAGCAUUGGAGUUGGAAACCGGACAAGCUUAACAGGGCAGUUGAAAUCAUCAAGCUGAAAGAUAUUUGUUGGUUGGAUGUAUCGGGGAAGUUCCAAACAGUCGACCUCUCACCAGAAACUGAAUAUGAAAUUGUGCUUCGUAUCAAGAUUGGCACAAAAAUUCGUGGGUUUUAUCUCCCGGUGAACUAUAUCAUCAGGCUCCCCAAUGGAAUUAGGCGAGAAGAUACUAUAGAUUUCAGGACAUACAUGAAAGGGUCGUGGCACAAUAUCAUGCUGCAUAAGUUCAAAAUGACACCAGAAAAUGUGGGGCAACUUCAAUUUCGCCUUUAUGAACAUAGUGAACACUGGAAGAGCGGCCUUGUCCUCGCUGGUAUUUCAUUUAAGCCUGCCACCAGUUAAAUCGGACCAUAAUCCACUUCUAUCCUUAUAUGAGAAUGCUGGUGCACGAGUUUGGUGUUGAUCAUUAUGCUAUUUUGCUGAAUGGCACUUGCAUUCAGAUUUUUUUAGAUCUUCUUUUCAAUCUACGUCUAGGCGCCGACUCAUUAUGUUCUCCCAACAACUCUAACUCUAGGAGAACUCCCAAAUGCUACUUGAGUAAUCUUUGGUUCGGACCUGGUGGGUGUUGAAGCACAUACAGACCCCCUCAACAACCAUUAGAUUCUAAUCCAUAAUGUUGGAGAUAAAGUCAAGAUAUCACGAGAUAUUAGAAGUCCCUUAUAGUAGACAAUUAAGAUUGCUUUUGUAAUUGUCUCUGUUUUUGCACUUGUAUAUAAAGGAUGUACAUCAGAAUAUAAUGAAUCAAGCUUCUGCAUUCUCUCUCAACAUAUCUAUGUUUCAUUUUUCUUGACAGUAUCAGAGCUAGGGGAAGGGGCUCAUGCCUGUCUAUCUCAUUCAUCUCUGUUGCAUUUAUCAUACAUAUCUAAGUUGCAUUUAUCUUACUCAUGAAACCAGAUGUCGGACAAUUCAGGUGUCGAUCAGACCACCAACACCGGUGCCAAUCCAUUUGGUGUGGCCACCACCAACGCCAGCACGGAAUUCCCCUUUCCUUCUUCUCUGAAUGUGGCAGACUUUGUCACACUCAAAUUGGACGAUAACAAUUUUCUCUUGUAGGAAACACAAGUGAUGUCUCUGAUUGAAAGUCAGGACCUCCUCAGCUUCCUCACUGGUGAAAUUCCAGUUCCACCAGAGACUAUUAGACCAGAAAACAACACUAAAGCAACAUUGAAUCCAGAUUAUGUCUCAUGGAUUCGUACAGAUCGUCUUGUGAAGUCUUGGGUCAUCGGAACUUUAUCGGGGCACCUGCUUGGCCAGGCAACGGGUCUCAAAACAGCAGCUGAGGUAUGGAAUGCUUUGACAACUCAUUUCAAGCAAAGCUCCGUAGCUGGAGAAUUUGACCUACUCGCCCAAUUGCAGCACAUCAAGAAAGGUCAUAUAACUCUCUGUCCCUCUAUUUGCGAAAUUUUAAGUUGUCAUCCUAUGCGCACUUGCUCCAAAACUAGUGUUACACAGAACAACAGACAUGCUGGUAUGCCGCGUGCUCCUGCAGUGGGCACCUCUGCCUCUCCUUGGUUGAAUUUGAGGUUUCUUCCUCUUGCUCCUGCUUCUGCUGCACCCUUUCAUUCAAUGGUCACUCGCUCUAAGGCUGGUGCUGCAAAACCAAAUCCCCGGUAUGCUCAUCUUGCUCUUCCGACUUUUCUAAUUGAACCAAGAAUUGUUUCCUCAGCACUUAAACACUCCGGGCUGGGCUGGACUUUCCCAUCUUUCCAAUCUUCACUGUAUUUGGUUGCUGAAUAAUCAUUAUAAAUUUUAUUUGGUUAUUUGAUUAUAAAGAUAAGAUUAAGAAAUUAACUUUCUUUGUGUCCAUUUUUCCUUGAUCUUACUGACAUAAUCCUAAUUUGUGUCUUUCUUAGUUUCUUCCACGCGAGCCACUUUAUAUUCUUUGUUUCCACCGCCACUCUUUAUCUUCCUUUAUAUUUGUCGCUUAACAUUCUUCUGGCCAUUUCGCUUCCAUGGCCAAAACACAAACAGAGAGUUCGAGAAUGGAGGGAAAUUUUAGAACAACAGAAAAUGAUCAGUUUCGGUGUUUUAACAUUUGGGGCUUGUUAAGAUGAAUAACCUAUUCCUAAACUCGUAUUUUUCUCGUGAUUAUAAUUAGUUUAUUAAAACUGAAUCAUCAUGACCAUAUUAGUUUUACGGAUCAAGCAUGCAUUUUCUCACGAUCAACUAUGAUAUUUGUAACUGAGUGAGGUUUGAGUCGUGUAACUGAGAUUGAUAAAAGUUGGUGAGUCUUGCGGCACCCUUAGACAGUCGUAAGCCAAGUAGUAGGAAAGGGCUGUCUAGAGCAAGGGCUGCCAAUGUGGAGCCAUCAUUGUGGUUGGGAGCUAGGAAGGGGCAUAGGAACGAUCUGUAUUUUGGAGGUCUCAACGAUAUUUCUAUGAUAUUACUAAACUCGUGCUAUGAUCCGCUAAUUUAGGUUGUGAUUAUUCACUAGGUGUCAAGCUCACCCCAAAAUAUAUUCUCAGUUAUUUUACAGGUCAUAAUGGCAGUGGAACUACGCAUUUUAUCGGGACUUUUACACAUUCGAUAGAAAUUUUAAUUUUUGUGAGUACUCUUUCUAUGUGAAGAAAUUCUUUUGCAUUUAUCGAUUUUUAUCGCAAAAACUUUUUUUGGAUUUUACACUGCUGCAAUGUGUGAGGAACUUCAGAAUUGCACUUUGUCCAUGAAUGUCGUGCAUGGGAUGUAAAUGGGUUUUCAAGACAAAACUUCGAGCUGAUGGGUCUCUAGAUUGUCUAAAGGCACGUCUCGUGGCUGAGGGCUUUCAUCAAGAGGAGAGGGUUGAUUUCCCUGAAACAUUUAAGCCUGUCAUGAAACCGGGCAUAAUUGGAAUUGUUCUCUCAGUUGCUACUUUCUGGGAUGGCCUAUUCGUCAGUUAGACAUUAAAAUUGCAUUUUUACACUAUGAUCUUGAUAUGCUUAUGUAUAUGGAAUAACCUUCAGGCUAUCGUGAUCCUUCUCGGCCUAGUCAUCUCUGCCGUUUGAAGCACGCCUUGUAUGGGCUCAAACGAGCCCCUCGGGCAUGGUUCGCUAAAUUUAACAGCUUUCUUGUUGACAACUGUGUUUAUCUACCAUCAAUGGUAAUCAUACCAUUUUGUUGCUACUCUACGUUGAUAUAUUAUACUUACUGGUGACUCAACUUCCUUGGAGUAUCUUAUUUCUGCUCUUCACCGAGUUCUUCCCAUGAAGGAUCUUGGCCCGUUUCACUAUUUUCCUGGUGUCGAGGUUUUCCUGAUGAUGAUGGAUUAUUGCUCUCUCAAAAGAAAUAUGCCUCCAAUAUUCGUGCUCGAGCCUCUACGAGAGAUUGUAAUUUGACUGCCACUCCUAUGACUAGUAAGCCUCCAUCACUCCGUGAUGGUGAUCAACCGUUUCAUGACCUGUCCCACUUUCGAAGAGUUGUUGGUGGGGUGCUCUCUAGUACCUUACCCUGACUUGGCUGGACCUUUCCAUCUCUGCCACCGUUGUUUCUCAGCAUAUGCAUGCUGCCACGAAGACUCAGUAUCAGAUGGUGAAGCGCAUCCUCCGUUAUGUCAGGGGUACUUUACAUCUUGGUCUUCGUAUAUUGGCUCGGAGUUCUCUCGACAUGUAUGCAUAUGCGAAUGUUGAUUAGGCUGGUUGCACGUUGACCAGACGGUCUACAACGGGCUAUUGUGCCUUUCUUCGUGCAAACAACAUUUCCUGGUGUGCCAAGAAACAACCAAGAAUAGCUCGUUCCACUGCUGGAAAUGAAUAUGGAGCUCUUGCCUCUGCAGCGAUAGAACUUUCCUGGAUCUCUUUUAUUCUACGAGAUAUUGAAGUCCCUCAGCCUCGGCCUUCUUUGCUUUUCUCUGACAAUGUUUCAGCUCUUCAUCUGACGGCUAACUCAGUACUCCAUGCUCGUACUGAACAUGUUUAGAUCAACUAUCAC